GAGACGUGUAGUGGAGGCGAACACAAGAGGAUUGCCAUCGCCUGCGAACUCACGGCUCAUAUAAAGCCUAAUAUGCUAUGUAUUGACGAACCGACCUCUGGUUUGGACAGUAGUGCCGCUCUAGUGAUGAUUAACUGUUUAAAAGUGUUGUCCCGAAGACAUGGGAUGACUAUCAUUGCAUCCAUUCAUCAGCCAAACAACGACUUGUUUCACAUGUUUGACAACAUCUAUGUGUUGGCCAAAGGAGGCCAUUGUCUCUACGAUGGAGUUCCCCUACAAUUGAGACAACAUCUCAUUGACUGCGACUAUAAACUCACCGAAAAUGAUGUGCCGAUUGAGGUGUUAUUGAAAAUGGCAUCAAAAGACAAUACAAACAAUAGUUCCCAAGAAUUUUCCCUGAUCUACACAUUCCGGUGCCAGUGGUUGUCCCUCUUGUUACUGUUCUCAGCGUUUCAAAUGACAGCACUUAUACUGAAAUCGCAUUUCCCGGCAAAUAUGAUAGAACCGGACAGUUGUAUGGAACUGGAGUUCAGCUCCGACUGUAACCAAACAGAGGCUGAGAUUGAAGAGACUGUAUCCCAAAUAUCAGCUCUACUAUUCAUGAAGGAGCCCAAAGUGGCCAUGGUGUUUGCCAUACUGGUGCAGGCGGUGCUCGUCCUACUCGGCAACAGUCUCUUUCCCGUCAAACAACUUCAUUACGUCCUCCAAGUAUUGAGCAGUUUAUCAUAUAUUAGAUACGCCUUCGAGUGUAUCGUUUUACUCAUCUAUGGGUUCGGUCGGUGCUCUCACAACCAGAUGUCCACCGUUUUGUACAGUUUGGAUAUCGACGAGAAUGUGUUCUGCUGCAGCUGA